AUGGUUUCUCAGUUAUGUGAGGUCCCAGCUGUGGGCCGGAGAAAAAUUGCUUUUUGUUUCUACGUGAAAUACAUGGGGAAUAGAGUCGGUAUGAGAAUUUCUGGUCACCCACCUGCACUUGCCUCAGCUGGAAUUCCACUUGUUAAAGUUGUGUGUUUACAGUGUCAGCCCAAAAUCACAAUAAUGUUUUACACCGACAGUUUAGUAAUUUUGUACCAAAUGUCGUCAUCGACCCACGGACCCACGGACCAAUAA